UACAUAUUUCGCUACAAUUGAAAUCAUUAUUGAACUAUGUGGUUGAAAUAGAAAACAUGUUUUUAAAUUAUUUUUAUCAGUGCAAACAGAUAGCGACGAGGAAUUGAAAACUUUGCCAUAUGAUAAAUGACGCGAGUUUCUCGCAACAAAAACAAUUAUACCUAUCGCUUUGUAAAUCUAAAACAUAAUAAUUACAAUAUCCUUUAUGAAAUUAUAUACUUCGGCCAAAUUAUUAUUGCAAGUUCGGUAUUUUACUGUCGACGAAAAGAAGUUUUAAUAUGCUUAUUAAACACAGAAGAGAUAUUCAUCUUGGGUCAUUUCAGGGCUUGAUUAGACUUUUGAAGUUCUAAAAGAGAGGUGGCAGGUGCAUAUUGUAUGUACAUUAAUUUCCAUACGAAGAGACAACUCAUCCCGCUAUGAUAUGUAAUGAAUAUUUUACUAGUUUAUUUAGAGGAGAUAAAAAAUUAAGCCCACAUUAGCAUCACACAAAGAAGGGACGAAUGCAAGAUGUUUCAUCGAGUUUCCAGCUUUAUUUUCGUUGCUUUCUCACUGGCAAAUACAGUUUACAGCAGAGAAAAACGAUCUGAAUUAUGUUUUCGUGGGGAGACAUCCAUCCACGAGUUCAGAGAUCAAGAUCUCAAAGGUCGUAUUGUGGAUUUUAAUAACUACAGGGACAAUAUUGUAUUGCUCGUGAAUGUAGCGACAUUCUGUCAAUACACGUUUCAGUAUUUGGGUUUGAAUAAAUUGCAAGAAAAAUACCAACGUUCAGAUCGAUGUGGUUUGAAGAUUCUGGCGGUUCCAUGCAAUCAAUUUGCGCAUCAAGAACCAGGCAAUAAUGCAGAAGAGAUAUUCAACGGUCUGAAAUACGUUAGACCAGGUCGAGGCUUUGAACCGCAGAUGUUGAUGAUGAAGAAACGUGAUGUGAAUGGAAAGAAUGAGGAUAGUUUGUAUACAUGGCUGAAGGCCAGCUGUCCUUCCCCAAGCCCAGAGAUAAACGAGAAGUCAGACAUUUAUUACAGUCCAGUUCGAAAUGAUGACAUCAGCUGGAACUUCGAGAAGAUCUUACUGGACCACAAGGGACAACCAAGGAAACGAUACACGUCAGCCGUAGAACCUGAAGAACUUGUUUCCGACAUCGAAGAAUUGAUUGACAUGUGUCUACCUGAAGACAGUUAAAAGGACAAGACGAACAAAACGAAUAAUGCUAAUGCUUAUGUUAUACGAUUCUGAACUUUGGAGCCUUCCGAACUUUUGCAUAGACAAGUAAAAAUAUAAAUAUACACAUUGAAAUUGAUUUCUCCGCUUGUUUUAAGGCAACACUGCCAUUCUUCCGAUCGCCAUAUUGUUUUAAUCUAAAACAUAAGACUCGCACAUUAAAUCAACAAUUAU